UAUCAAAUAGAUACUUUGGAUAAAAUAUACUCUGAUCAGUCAAUAAAAAUAGCUUUACAAGAAGCUCUGUUAGAAAACAACUCUAAAAAUCUUAUUAACAUAUUAGCAGAAAUAGCUAAAUAUUUAAAAUCAAAUAUAGAGUCAUCUCUAAAAAAAGAAUUAUUACAACAAAUAA